CAACAACUGAGAGAGGCGGCCAGAGAGGCCCAGGGGACAGCCAGGGACAGGCAGACAUGCGGCCAGAGCUGCGGGGCCUGGACAGGGGCUGCCGGGCCCUGUGACAGCAGGAACCCCCGAGCUCCGGCCCGGGGAGGGGCCAUGGUGCUGCCUGCCCAACAUGUCAGCCGAGGUGCGGCUGCGGCGGCUCCAGGAGCUGGUGCUGGACCCCGGCUUCCUGGGUCUAGAGCCCUUGCUCGACCUUCUCCUGGGCGUCCACCAGGAACUGGGCGCCUCCGACUUGGCCCAGGACAAGUACGUGGCCGACUUCUUGCAGUGGGCGGAGCCCAUUGCGGCAAGGCUUAAGGAGGUCCGGCUACAGAGGGAGGACUUCGAGAUUCUGAAGGUGAUCGGACGCGGGGCGUUCAGCGAGGUAGCGGUGGUGAAGAUGAAGCAGACGGGCCAGGUGUAUGCCAUGAAGAUCAUGAAUAAGUGGGACAUGCUGAAGAGGGGCGAGGUGUCGUGUUUCAGGGAAGAGAGGGAUGUGUUGGUGAACGGGGAUCGGCGCUGGAUCACAGAGCUGCACUUUGCCUUCCAGGACGAAAACUACCUGUACCUGGUCAUGGAGUACUACGUGGGCGGGGACCUGCUAACGCUGCUGAGCAAGUUUGGGGAACGGAUCCCAGCCGAGAUGGCGCGCUUCUACCUAGCCGAGAUUGUCAUGGCCAUAGACUCGGUGCACCAGCUGGGCUAUGUGCACAGAGACAUCAAACCAGACAACAUCUUGCUGGACCGCUGCGGCCACAUUCGCCUGGCCGACUUCGGCUCCUGCCUCAAGCUGCGGGCAGAUGGGACGGUGCGGUCACUGGUGGCUGUGGGCACGCCGGACUACUUGUCCCCUGAGAUCCUGCAGGCCGUGGGCGGUGGGCCUGGAGCAGGCAGCUACGGGCCCGAGUGUGACUGGUGGGCGCUGGGCGUGUUCGCCUACGAGAUGUUCUACGGACAGACGCCCUUCUAUGCCGACUCCACUGCCGAGACCUACGGCAAGAUCGUCCACUACCAGGAGCACCUGACUCUGCCCUUGGCCGACCUGGGGGUCCCUGAGGAGGCCCGAGACCUCAUCCAGAGGCUGCUGUGUCCCCCAGAGACCCGACUGGGCCGGCAGGGGGCGGCCGACUUCCAGAAGCAUCCUUUCUUCUUGGGCCUCGAUUGGGAUGGCCUGCGGGACAGCAUGCCCCCCUUUAUACCGGAUUUUGAGGGUGCCACUGACACGUGCAACUUCGAUGUGGUGGAGGAUGGGCUCACUGCCAUGGUGAGCGGGGGCGGGGAGACGCUGUCUGACAUACAGGAGGUCAUGCCGCUGGGCGUCCACCUGCCUUUUGUGGGAUUCUCCUACUCCUGCACCGCGCUCAGGGACAGUGAGCCCCCAGGCCCCACCCCCAUGGAACUGGAGGCCGAGCAAUUGCCUGAGCCACAGGUGCAAGUGCCCAGCCCUGAGCAAGCAGGGCCUCUCCUGGAGGAAACAGCUGAAGUGGCAGUUCCAGUGGCCCUGCCAGUGGAUAGCACGAAGCCUGGUGCCCCGGUGCAGGCUGAAGUGGCAGCCCCUGUGCGGGCUGAAGUGGCGGUUCCGGUGCAGGCUGAAGUGGCGGUUCCGGUGGCCCUCCCGGCUGCAGCAAUGGCCGAGGCCGAGGUGACCCUGGGUGUGCUCCAGGAGGCCCUGGAGGAAGAGGCGCUCACCCGGCAGAGCCUGAGCCAGGAGCUGGAGGCCAUCCGUGUGGCCAACCAGAACUUCGCCAGCCAGCUCCGUGAGGCCGAGGCCCUCAACCGCGACCUGGAGGCCCGCGUGCGCCAGCUGCAGGAGCGGAUGCAGCUGCUGCAAGCUGAGCGGGCUGAAGGCGAGUCUCUCUCUCGCCUGCCCCACUGGUGCCCGGAGGCGGGGGACAGCGGGGAGGGCAGGGGCCCAGGCUGGGGCACGCCUCGCCACCGCCCCCCUGCAGUCCUCCACGCACCAUACGCCUCUCUCUUCUCCUUCCAGCUGUCACGGGGGUCCCCAGUCCCCGGGCCACGGAUCCACCUUCCCAUAUGGCCCCCCGGCCGUGGCUCUGGGCCAGUGCCCGCUGGUGGGGUCAGGCCCCCUGCACCGCCGCCACCUGCUGCUCCCUGCCAGGGUCCCUAAGCCUGGCCUUCCGGAGGCGCGGCCCCUGCGCCUGCUCGCCGCCGCUGCUCUGGCUCCUGCCCCCACCCCGGGCUGCGCUGGGCUGGUGGCCCGCGGCCGCCAUCGCGCCGCGGCCUGGCGCCGCCCCAGAGCCCUCCUCGUCCCCUGAACCCUAGAGCUCCGGGCCGCCCAGCGGCUCCGCGGCCCAGCUCCUGCCCCGUGAUCCGGGCCCGCCCCCUGGCGGCCGGGGAGGGAGGAGCCGGGCCCGCGGGGCCGCGGCCUGGGGAGAAGAUGGAUCUGAGAAGGCGGCGGGCCGACAGGCGGGCCGCCGGUGUUCACCCUCUGCGCACCCGCACCCGGCAAGGGCUCGCAAACCACGCAUCCCGCGCACGAGGCCCCGCUCUCCAGGGGAGACGUGCCAUUCCUGUGGCGACGUCCGGCAUGACCCGCGCCCACGGGAACCGUGCGCUGCUGCCAGUCCCGCUUUCUCGGGAGCCCCUCUUGCCCCCGCGCGCCCCUUUCUCACACGAUCGCUGCUCUCGGAGUCCCAGCCGGCCCCGCCUGCCCCGGUAGUUUGGGUAUUUAUUAACCUCGUUCCCCCGAACCGCUGACAGGCCUCAGGCUCCCCCCCGCACUCCUGUCCACGUUUGGAUACACUGAACCCCACCCCAAAGACCCUCGGUAUUUAUUGUUUGCCCACACCUGGGAUCUCCCCCUUCCACCUCCAGCCCUCGUGAAUAAAAAGCCUCUGUGGUCUGUCCCGA